CUGAAGUCAGGAAGAUUUCUGAGCAAACUGUGUGAGAGACGUACUUACCAGCAGCCUUUUUUCUCAUCACAUUUUCAAGGGCUCCGGACAUCAGACCUUAUUUCUAAGUCAGCAAUUAGUGGAGUGAAAUGGCAUCAGGUAAUAUUGAAAUGGCUGCUCUCGGUCGACCCUUUACCUUGGGGAUGCUCUACGAUGCUCGUACAGAUCAGCUAAUCCCAGGCAUCACACUCUGGGAUGAGAAAACUCUCCAAAAGAUGACUGAAGAGAUCUCCAAGCAUGGCAGUGAUUUUAAAAUAAGCACUUCUGAUUCCUUGGAGGAGAAGUCCUCUCUGCUGGACGUCAGUGCCUCUCUGAAGGCCAGCUUCCUGGGGGGUCUGAUUGAAGUUGGGGGAUCUGCAAAGUAUCUGAACGAUCAGAAGAAAUCCAAAAAUCAAAGCAGAGUCACAUUUCAGUACAAAGCUACCACCAUUUUCAAACAGCUGAAAAUUUCUACUGAAGAAAUGAAUAAAACGCAGCAGAUAGGUGUAAACAUGAAGAACUGCGCCACACACGUUGUCACUGGCAUCGUUUAUGGCGCAAAUGCGUUUUUUGUGUUGGACAGUGAGAAGUUAGAUGAGAGCAGUGCUCAGGAGAUCGAAGGCAGCAUUCACGCUGUGAUAAAUAAGAUUCCCAGUUUAAGUAUAAGUGGGAGGGUAGACCUCAAACUGUCUGAUCAAGAAAAAGCGAUGACUGAAAAAUUCACCUGCAAGUUUUAUGGAGACGUGAUUCCUGAAAGCAAUCCUGCAACAUUUGAAGAAGCAGUGAAAACAUACAUAAAGCUUCCAGAACUUCUUGGAAUGAACAACAAAAACAGUGUCCCAUUAAAGGUCUGGAUGAUGCCGCUGAAGGACCUUGAUCCGUCAGCCGUGGAGAUGACGACUGGCCUCAGCCCGGGUCUUGUGAGAAAGGCCCAAGAAGCUCGGGAAGAUUUCCGUGAACUGAACAUGCGAUGCAAUGAUUGUCUCGAAGACAGCUAUGAGUUCCCAAAGAUCAAAGAAAGGUUGGAGAGUUUCCAACAACAGUGUAAAAUCUAUGAUGGGAAACUUCUGGAUGUGAUUGCAGAAAAGAUUCCGUCCAUCAGGGCAGGAGAAGAAGACGAGAAGGUGUUGUUGAAGAUCUUGGAUGACAGAGAAAAGUCUCCUUUUAGCAGCGAGAAACUAUUUAAGUGGAUGGCUAAUAUUGAGAGAGAAAUCAGUGUAAUCACUUCCUGUGUAAAGGAAAUGAAGGGAGCAAAGAUAGUCCAAAGUGAGGCAGAGUUGGUGGAGGAGUUUCUUAAUCCUGAAGUCCAGGAUGUCCUCAGCUUUGUUUUCACCUCUCUUGAAACUACAGAUCCUUAUCUUGAUAAAAUGAAGGACUACCUGGAUUCUCUGGCUAUGAAGGCUACAGAUGACGUGGAUCAAUCCACAGAUGACCUGUCACCAUGCUUCCCAGUAGUUGAUUUGCCCAAAAUUACAAGAAAAGCUGAAGAGUUUGGUACAUUUGUUAAAGGUUUAAAGAACAACAGCAAGUUCAGAUUCCUUGUAGCGGUCAUAAGAAAUAAACAACACGAAGGAGCAACCAUCUACCACUACAGGAAUAAAAGAUUGCUCAUGGAAGACUUCAUGAAAUCAGAUGUCUGUGAUGUGGAAAAAGCAACAGAUAGAAAUGAUCUGAUUUGGUAUGCCUGUGAUCUGACCUUGGACCCAGACACAAUAAAUGGAUGUCUUACUCUGUCUGGAGGAAACAAGAUGAUGAAGUUUGGAGAUUGCCAGUCCUAUCCUGAUCACCCUCAGAGAUUUAAUGUUUUACCUCAGGUUCUGUGUCAGGAGUCACUGACUGGACGCCAUUACUGGGAGGUGGAGCUGGGCACUGACGAAUACAGAGAUGCAGCUGCUGCUGUUUGUUAUAAAGGAAUACAGAGAAAGGGGGACAACAAGUGGGUUGGGCUUGGCUGGAAUGCCAUGAGCUGGUCGUUGGGCCACAAGUGGAAUCCCCAACCGGUCUUCUAUGUUGAGCAUGACACAAACAAGCAGGCUAAAAAUGUGAUUUCUUACCCUCUACCCCAAACUGGUUGCCCUCGCCUAGGAGUGUUUCUGGAUUGGCCUGCAGGCACUUUGUCCUACUACAUAGUCAGAGGGGAAAAACUGAAUCACAUUCACACUUUCUACACCAAAUUCUCAGAGCCUGUGUACCCAUGUUUCAAGAUCUGUUCUAAAGACAGUUACGCACUCCUGUGUUUCUAAACAUUGAGGUAGAAGAUUCAAUCCAGACCCAGAUGUUCAUAAUAAGCAAAUAUUUUUGGAACAGUAUUUUUUGGCAAUUAAAAUGAGAUAAUAAAUCAGUUUAUUACAAAACAGACUGAACAAUAAUAUAGUGAUGACAAUAAAAUAAUAU